AUGUCCCCCCCUCGUGAACGCGGCCGACCGACCCGACCUCGAGGUUCCGAGGAAGAAUUCGUGCUGUUUCUCCAGGGGAUCCCAUCCCGCUGCCGCUGGCAAGAACUCAAGGACUUGGUCCGCCAAACCGCUCUGCACAUUCGCCAAGCUGUUGUGUACGAUGACCAUCAUGGAUUCCCCACAGGGCUCGGGCAGAUUAUAGUGAAGAAUGAGGAGGAAGCCUGGCGGACAUACCACAGGCUAUCCACAAACGGGUGGGAAGGACAAAGCCUGGUGGUAACUCUUGCUCGGACCAGCUCGCCUACUCAGCCCAUUGCAGGGCCGACCAAAAGCCCACUGCGCGUUAUUCCGCCUGCCUAUGUGGCCGGAUAUUCAACGCCUCCAAAGGUUUACCAAAACUUGGCCAUACCACCUUCACCCAUGUCCGCAGAGUCCGUUCUCCCGCCGAGCCCAACCUACCACAGCCCGGAGUAUGUCCCUGUCAUAAGUCCAAUGGCUGUCGCUCAUCAACCGUUUGUGCAAAUAUAUGUGGACCCGUUGUGUCAAACGGUCCCAGCUUUGCCCAACUCACCUGCUCUCCAGCCGUCCUUUUACGAUCCAAUGGGCGUCGGUUUCAUUCCUACAUAUGCCGUGCCCCACCAGAUGCACCCACCCAGCAUAGCAAACAACAUCAACUCGACCCCUCUGAGCUCGUCCACUCCGCGCAAAGACCAGUACAACUACAGUAAUCCUCCAAGUUAUCCGCGCCACCAUACCCGCCGCACGAUCCUGCUGCAUAACCUCGACCCGACAACCACCCCACAAGAGCUGCACACUUUCCUACAGCGGGACGUCACAAUCGAGAGUUGCGAGGUACUGCAUGCGGACGGCUGCUGCAACAACGCGCACGCCGCUCGAUACAGGGCAUCUGCUCGCGUUACGACACGCUCAGCAGACGAGGCCAGGCGCGCUGUGGCUCUGUACAACAACGCAGUUUUCAAGGGCUUUAGGUUGCGGGUGAAGAUUGACAGAAGCAUCACGCCCGCAGCGCCGUGUACUGUAGCGCCCAUGCAUACCACCGCCACCAGUCAGAGCGACUUUGCCGUAUGUGAGACAAGCCAGCUACAGCCCACCCCACCCACAAGCGAGGGCUCGAGCUCCGAUUCGGAUGAGUUCAGCCAGAUCCACAAAGACAUGCAAUGCGAACAAGUCAUACUGCCUCUCAGUCCAAAGUCAAAACCUAUCGAUAGAUGUGGGCCGUUGGUUGUCAACGGGUCUGGGAUCGGGCCAACAGCUGCUAUGGCUAUUUGA